GGUAACCUUCACUCUAAGAGGGGUCCUCACAUUUCAAUAACAAAUCUUCAUCGAGUUAAAAUACAUGUCACCAAGUUCAACCACUUCAGUGCUUAUAUCCGAUUCCUUUAAUUAUUCCUAGAUAAUUACCUUUUAUUAUUGCUUGGCUUAGGUCCGUCUUGAACCGAUUCUCUUGAUUAAGUCUAAGUUGGUGAAACAACAAAAUUCCGAAGAACCAGUAUAUCACCUACAAAUGGAUCCAUCCCCACCUGUUAACGAAUCAAAUUCACGUCCCAUACAAUACUAUCAAUACAAUAUACCAAUGGCAGAACAACAACCUCAACAAUAUCAACCAAUAAAUUAUCAACGAUCAAUAGUUCAUCAACAAGAACUUGUACAAAAUGAUCAUGGCUACUUCCAAAAUCAAAUUAAACAAGAUACUCAGAUAAAUCUGAUAAACCGUCCUGGAAAUAUGAAAAUCUCAACCUCAGCAUUUGAACAACCAAUGAUGCUUAAUGCAUGGUCUCAAACAAGCCAUGAAGAUUUUCCGCCACUAUCUUGCGGCCAACAAAAUAAAGAAAACGAAAUGUCACUUUUAGCUCGAAUCAAAGAACUCGAAGCAACUCUAAAAUCUCAAAAUGAUUUGAUAAUGCAAUUUCAAGAACAACAAGCACAACAAGUACAAAAGAAUAGAUCACCAUCGCCACGUCAAGAUGUUCCGAAUUCAACAACUUCAACUCCAGUGUCAACCAAACCAGAAGGAACUAGAUAUCGGAUAUUAGCUCAGGCAGAUGAUGACGUCACAAUGGAUGCACAAAUCCAGAUAGAACUUAGUGAUGACCCAGUCCCAAUGUCAAGUUUGUCGAGUAUGAAUAGCUCUGACAAUUCUGAUUCAGAUCGUUUGGAAAUUUGUGUUAGCGAUGAAAAUGAGUCCAAUCUCGAGAGACCAGAUUUGGAACAUGCUACAGUAUCUAUAGGACCUAAUGGCACAAAAAUCCCGGUUAAAGUCUAUGAAAAUAUGUCUUGGGCAUCACCUUCACUAGCAACCCGGAAACUUCUAAGCAUGGUUUUUGAUCGGGAAACUCUGGCAACCCACUCAAUGACUGGGAAGGCUUCGCCAGCGUUCAAGGACCAAGAUAAACCAAUUAAAGGGAAAUUAGAUCCCAAUGCGAUUCAAGACAUUAUAUUUAUUGUGUCAAGGAAGUGUGGUGUCUCGCCAAAGGAAAUUCGAUCAGCUAUUACAACCAAAUGUGCUGACGAAAACAAAAUGUGCAAAUUAAAAGCUUUAAAGAAAUUGGAAACAUCAAAUGCAACCAGAACAGCGCUAAAGGAGAUUUUGAAAAAUAAAACAAAUCGUUUAAAUGACAAUGGUUGGAUGAAGUGAAUAAGAGCUUAAUUUCAUAAAUGAUUCUAAACGCGAUACAUUUGUAUGUCAAGAUGUAAUAUGUCAUCUAGUAAAAUUGUCGAAUAAUCGGCCUAGGUUUGCCUCUAAUCGAAGUGAAGCUGAUUUUAAAUGAUAGUGAUACCAGGAACUUUCUUUCAUACUUCCAAAUUUGACUCUUGUCUUGAAAUUACUUAGCUUUAGAGGCUACCACCCAGUUUUGGAGAGAUGAAUUUUGAAUAAAGUGUUUCCGCAACCUACCAUUCAAAUUAGUUUGAUUUCGAGUAAACGCAAACCUAAAUUUACUGAUCUAAUGAUAGAAACAGCAAAACGCCCAAGUCACAAAAUAUUGGCUUAAAAAAAUGAGUACCUAGCCUUUGGGUUACUAACAAAAAAAAAACAUGUUUCAAUGAAGCAAACAAAUUUUUAUUUACAUAAG